AUGGCAUCCAAGAUAGCCGUGCUUACAUUCACCCUCCUUCUGACCUCGGCUAUUAUUCUGUCCAGCGCUUAUCCCACAGAGGGGCCGACGGCAGUCGACGAAGUUGAGGAACAGAAGAAACCGCUGCUUUUGGAGGGCAUUUUGGGCGAAGUGUUUCCAGGAUUCAAACUGAAGGAGUUCUGGCGAGGAUUGUUUAGGGGACUACAGGAUACGGCAAGUCGUGUGGACGACAGCCUUAAACAAAUUCUGAAGGAUGCCGAGCCCUACCUACCACCCAUUAUAACCAACUUGAUACGAAAGCACUAUUGA